CAAGCGCCCACGUGGACGGCGGGAAAAAUAAUCGGAUGACGUCAUCUCACUUCGGCUCAAAGAGGUUUACAGCUCAGUCAGUGUUGAGCUUCACUCCUGCAGCUGCUUUUGUGCUCCACACCUGGAAACCCUGUCCACAGGUCUUACAAUGAAAUCCAGACUGCAUUCUUUCAGAAAGUCUCCUGAACCUGAUGGCUCACAGCAUGGUGAGGAUGUGCAGACCAACACUUCAGAUGGAGGGAUGUCAGGCUCUGUGGGACACGUCACCCCUGUGGACAAACAUGAUGGAGGACAGCUGAAGAAUCUCAAAUCCCAUAAGUCUGAAAAGAAGCUGCAUUAUCGUUCACAGUGUGGGAAGAGCAUCACUCGCAAGCAUACGCUCCAACACCAGCGAAUUCACACAGGAGAGAGGCCAUAUCACUGCGACCAGUGUGGGAAGAGUUUUGCCUACAGAAGUGUUCUCAUAGCGCACCAGCGAAUCCACACAGGAGAGAAGCCGUAUGACUGUUCACUUUGUGGGAAGAGUUUUGCUAGUCGAAGUCAUCUCAAACAACACCAGCGCAUUCACACAGGAGAGAAGCCGUAUGACUGUUCACAUUGUGGGAAGAGUUUUGCUAGUCGAAGUCAACUCAAAGAACACCAGCGCAUUCACACUGGAGAGAAGCCGUAUGACUGUUCACAUUGUGAGAAGAGUUUUGCUAGUCGACGUCAACUCAAACAACACCAGCGCAUUCACACUGGAGAGAAUCCGUAUGACUGUUCACAUUGUGGGAAGAGUUUUGCUGGGCAUCGUUGUCUCAAAAUACACCAGCGAAUUCACACAGGAGAGCAGCUGUAUGACUGUUCACAGUGUGGGAAGAGUUUUGCCUAUAGAAGUGUUCUCAUAGCGCACCAGCGAAUCCACACAGGAGAGAAGCCGUAUGACUGUUCACUUUGUGGGAAGAGUUUUGCUAGUCGAAGUCAUCUCAAACAACACCAGCGCAUUCACACAGGAGAGAAGCCGUAUGACUGUUCACAUUGUGGGAAGAGUUUUGCAAGUCGAAGUCAACUCAAACGACACCAGCGCAUUCACACUGGAGAGAAGCCGUAUGACUGUUCACAUUGUGGGAAGAGUUUUGCAAGUCGAAGUCAACUCAAACAACACCAGCGCAUUCACACUGGAGAGAAGCCGUAUGACUGUGAACAGUGUGGGAAGAGUUUUGCUGGGCAUCGUUGUCUCAAAAAACACCAGCGAAUUCACACAGGAGAGAAGCCGUAUCACUGUGAACAGUGUGGGAUGAGUUUUACUGCCAACGGUUCCCUCAGAGUGCACCAGCGCAUUCACACUGGAGAAAAGCCGUAUCACUGCACACAGUGCGGGAAGAGUUUUACUUCCCAGAGUACUCUCAAACAACACCAGCGCAUUCACACAGGAGAAAAGCCGUAUCACUGCACACAGUGCGGGAAGAGUUUUAUUCAAAGUUUUUCUCUAAAACUACAUCAGCGCAUUCACAUAGGAGAAAAGCCGUAUCACUGCACACAGUGCGGGAAGAGUUUUGCUACCCAGGGUAAUCUCAAAAUACAUCAGCGCAUUCACACAGGAGAAAAACCGUACCAUUGCGACCAGUGCGAGAAGAGUUUUACUCAAAGUGGUUCUCUAAAACUACAUCAGCGCAUUCACACUGGAGAAAAGCCAUAGUGUGGGGAGAGCUUUACUCAACAGAAUCUCCAAUCAGUGUGGAAUGGGCUUUACUAUUUUAAGUCGGUUUAUGGCAGAUAAGUGCACCAAUAUGGAGCCAUCAGCAGGUGAAGUGAAUUUGUCAAGUCAAGGAACGUAACCCUUGAUCUGUAUAUAUGAUGCAGUUUUGUUUUGAGUUUUUAAAAAAAUAGCUUUUAGUUUUGACUUUGUGCCCGUGAAAUCAAAGUUGGUGCUUUAUAUUUUAUGACAGAAUUUUAUCAUUGAUUUUUAAAUGUCAAAGUAUUACUUAAUGUUUGUAUAAAAACAAUUUUUAGUAAGCCAUGUAGCUACAACAUUAUACCAAGAAACGUGCCUGGAUUAGGGCUACCGAGACCUACCUCUGGAGCCAGGCUUGGUGGUGAUGUCUGCAGAUGAGCAUCUGGUGACCAGAACACCCAUGUGCCUAGGUCAGCUAACCAUUAAAUAGUGAGGUGAGCCAUUUUGCAGGCUCAUCACAUCCGUAAUUAAGAGUAGGAGGUCACGUGCACUGCCAGUUGGGCAGCAGGUAUGUGCUGGACAGUCCAGUGGACUAGACGCUUAGAAAGGAAACUGGCUUUGGGAAUGCAGAAACGUGUAUCAGAUGCGCUUUGCACAAGGCAAGAAGAAAGCCUUUAUGUCACAGAGAUUACAAUGAAAUAUUCAUUACUUCACAUAUGGCAGCUUGGGAGGAAGUUGGGGUCAGAGCAUAGGGUUAGCCACGAUACAGGGCCUCCCUUAAACUGUACAACUUAACCACAAGUGUUUUUAAAUGUUUACAUUUUUAUUAAACUACACAGCAGAAAUAUAACUACAUACAAAUAAAAACCUUAUUAAUGCAA